AUGCAAUAUGUUGUGCUGGUCUAUAAAACAGAAGUGCCACUUAACAAUCAAGCGAACGUCACCGACGAUGUCAAGCGAUUCAUUGAGCAGAUUCCAUAUUUUCUAAGCAAUUCAGCAACCGGACGUGCACUUGGUAAACCAAUCGCCGGAACUUUUUUCUAUGUUAGUCUUUUUUUCUUAAGCAUUUGGAUCAUUGAAACAUAA